CGCGGGGCGUAGAAAUGACAUCAUUGUUAUUUUCAGUGGGGCUGCAGCUUAGAGGUGGAUAAAGUUCGUCUCCACGUUGGAAGUGAUUGAAAGUAUUACUCGAUUUCGGAGUCUUUUUUAGUUAUUAGAUCGAGGGGACAAUCCAAGCGGGGGGUCCGACGGCUAAAACCCCAGAAGCUCGGCGGCGGAAGAAGCGUUUUUGUUUGUCGAUGACCGGACGGUUUCACAAAGGAAAACUUUUCCUGGGACGCAAAGUUGUCAAGUGAGUUGAACUCCAACAAUAGGCAGCCUCUGCCUCGGGACAGCGGACUGGUUGUCACACAACAUAUGUAUACAGUCGAAAUCGGACUCUUUAUUUAAACACAGAUAGUCGGAGACGUAAGAAUAAAAAGGUUUAUGUCUAGGAAAACUAGUAAAAUGGAAGCGACCUUCUACGACGAAGCCGUAAACGCCUCCAACUCCCAGCAUGACGGGACGGCCGUGUACGGGUUCAACCCCAAAACACUGAAACAAACCAUGACCCUCAACCUGAACGACCCGAAAAACUUCAAGCCCCACCUGGGGGCGAAAGCCCUGGACAUUCUGACGUCGCCCGACGUCGGUCUGCUGAAGCUGGCCUCGCCGGAGUUGGAGAGACUGAUCAUCCAGUCGUGCAGCGGGCUGACGACCCCCACCCCGACCCAGUUCGUCUGCCCCAAGAACGUCAGCGACGAGCAGGAGGGCUUCGCUGAAGGCUUCGUCCGGGCCCUGGCGGAGCUGCACUACCAGCAGAUACCCGCCGCCGCCGCCGCCGCCCACCCCGACGCUCAGACCGGGGGGAGCAGCGGCGUGGCGCCCGGCGCCCCGCCGUGCGAGGGCGGCGGGAUUCCCUACAGCUGCACGGUGCGCACCGAGCCACCCGAAUACACCAACCUGGCCGCUUUCAGUCGAACCGUGGGCUCGGCGCCCGUGGCGGAGAGGCACCCGCCGGCGGGUUACCCGGGAGCCCCGCAGCCGCACCACGGCCACCCGGACCACCAGCUGGCGGCGGCGCAGCACCCGCGGCUGCAGGCGCUCAAAGAGGAGCCGCAGACGGUGCCCGAGAUGUCCGGCGAGACGCCUCCGCUCUCCCCGAUCGACAUGGAGAACCAGGAGCGCAUCAAGGCGGAGAGGAAGCGCAUGAGGAACAGGGUGGCCGCGUCCAAGUGCCGGAAAAGAAAACUGGAGAGGAUCUCGCGGCUGGAGGAGAGGGUGAAGAACCUGAAAACCCAGAACACGGAGCUGGUUUCCUCCGCCAACGUCCUUCGAGACGAGCUGGCUCUGCUCAAGCAAAAGGUCAUGGACCACGUUAACAGCGGCUGUCAGCUCAUCCUGACGCAGCAGCUCCAAGCCUACUAGGCUGCGAGGACAGAAGGAGCCAAUAAAGGGACCAAACGCAACUUCAGACGGGCUGCUUGAGACCUUUCACCGACUUUUCCACUCCGGCCGUGUGGACGUGAACGGUUGUUGGCUUGUGAUUGGUCAAUGUAAACGAAGCCAUCACUUUAAGUUGCAGACGGGCAGAGAGCAACUUUUGCGCCAUAGUCUGCCACUUUUUUUUGUCUUUCACUACAUUUAACAUCUACAAACAAAAAACAAAAAAAACUUGUAGAUAUCACGCGUGGACAAUGUGCACCUCAUCACGUGACUUGGGGAGGGGGGAAAUCCAGCUGCACACGGUGAAACACACCUCGUCUUGCAAAUGUCAAAACAGCAAUAGAAAUAAAGUUUAGCACUGAGCGCAUGUACAGGAAGAGACCAACAGGACUUUUCCUUCUCGGUGUGCGCAGCGUUUACUGACGGCUGCCUUACUUUCACACUUUUUUUGUUUUGUUUCCUUCCUACGACUUUAUAAUACGUGUGUAACUGAUUAGCCCUGAGAAUAACCCUUUGUAAUAUUUGUACGCAGCAUUUUUGAGCACUUAACUGUAAAUAAGGCUAAACGAAUAAAAGCUGGACACACCUGCGA